GCAACUUUAAAGAUAUUGACUGGUCUACAACUGAAUCCCAAGAAAGUCAAGGCUGUCAACAAGGCAACCUAUGCUUUUGUGACAUUCAGCUGCCAAGAAGAUAAGGAGGAGGCAUUGAAAGUACUCAACGGAUACAAAUGGAAAGGACAAGUGCUGAAAGCCAAGAUCUCAGUAAUAUAGAGUACGUGUGCAGUAAAGCUGAGGUAGUGUUACCAGACGUAACCCAAGAUCUGAAGGAUUGUGAUGACAUUGUUGGCAGACCCUCCCAGGCCUGGCAUAUUCUCUGCCGACCGAUUUCAAAUCGCAGCAAGGGCAUCCCAUUCCGGCCAACCAAGGCAGUGGCCGUUGACCUCUUCCCACACACCAAACACUGUGAGCUGGUCAUACUGUUUGACCGAGUUGAUUCCUACUUUGAGGUUUCCAAAGGUGUGAAAAGAUCCAGCAAUACUGACGGUGAGGUUUCAACAUCAGCCACGAAUUGAAUUCCUUUUUUAUUACAAAAUUGUCACU